CGGACACGGCCAACCUAAUAAACGUGACUCGUGAGGUUUUCAUUGACGUCUGAAAUUGGUUUCUUAAUUUGUUUGAUUGUCUUACAACUGCAAGUCAGUUAAGUUGCAUUUUCAGUGUCUGGCUUUACUGCUCUGUGCUCUUAAUCUACGAUUUUUCUUGAGACAGCUGGUAAAGGAACAUCUCUUUCUUGGCAGGAAUGAAGACCUCAAUCAUGCACAAUGAAGCUCAAGUUCAACAAGUCCCGCAUUGCCGAGUUUGUAAUUCAAUCGAAUAUGUCUAAUCUGAUAACACUGAACUUGUGGAAAUCUCUGCAGAGUGUGGAACCAAGGUGAAACUGCAAAUUACAAAUUAACUCUUUUCUGACGAGAUAUCUUCCAAUUAGUGGCUCCUUCAGGCUGUAUUAUAUCCCCAUUUUAAAUGUGAGGUCACACUUGUAUCUAUAUAUAAGCUAAGGCCUAGUACAAACAUGGCAGAAAUCACUGUGAUUGAGGUUUAUGAAUGGGCUGCUGAUAUUGGGAAAGACUUGGAGAAACUCAUCAAUGCUGUUGGGAGUGACCUGGUGGUGGAGCUGAUGCCCAAGGUGGUGCGGGUCUUGGAGCAACUGGAGUUGUGCAUCAAGCAGCGCGAGAAAGGGAUCGGUGAGCUGCAGCAACUGCAGGAGCAGCUGCAGCUGGCUAAGCACGCAAGUGUGGUCGCCUCAGAUGAAAACCUGCGUCUUAUAAUGGAUGUAAAACAACUCGAUGAACAAAGGCAGAAAGAAAUACAUGACUGGAUGACAGUGGCAAAGAGACUGGAACAGCAGAACAACAUGUUGAUGGCACAGCUGAGUGAGAAGGAAGGCAUAGUUGACAAGGAGAAAGCCCAAGAGCAGGAGGCCUUGCAGGUCCUCUAUCAGUUGAAGGAGACAGUGGAUAAGCAGAGGGACGCCAUAAGAGCCAAGGAUGAUGAGAUAGCCACGCGGACGUUGGAGGUGGAGGCUCUACAGCAGCACGUCGACAGGCUGGCCAAGGUCACAGCCGACCUGCGCCGCAAGAAUGAACUCCUUAACACCAUGGCUAAGAACUUCAUCCAGGAGAAGUCCCAGCUGCAGUCGCAGCUGACAGCGAUGGACAAACAGCAACAGCAGCAGCAGCAGACGCUGACCGAGCACCAGGGGAUAGUCGAGCAACAGCAGAAGAGCACAGACGACGGUGGCGACGCCCUGGAUGGCGAGGCAAACGAGGAGAAUGUACCCACGGGAAAUAUGGUGACCAUCGACUUGACAGGCAAGGAGAUCAUUGACCUCAGCGAUCCUGACAGACCCCGCUUCACACUGCUAGAGCUCCAGACUGUCCUGCAAGAACGGGACGAGCUCAAGCUGGACGUGAUGGAGCUGGAGGACGAACUACAGCAGUACAGACCCAAGGAAGUCGAUGUCCAGUUGACAGAGGCUGACCAAAAGCGACCAAGAAGCAACUCCAAGAAUAAAGGAGAGCCAUCUGGCAUCAAGAAACUGUUUUCAUUUCUUUUUGGCGGCAAGAACAAUGUGAAACCAUCCCCUGAACCCCAGGAUGAAAGUACUUGGGAAUUUCUGGAGAAACCGAAGCAGGAGCUGCCCCCUGCAGAUGAGGCAACACUGGCAGUGACUGGCGAAGACCAGAGGGGACACUCUGUCAGCCUGACCCCCUCGCUGUCCCCGCCGGCGCGCGUGGACAGUCCGAUACCGGAGGAGACGCCCCUAGAGGAUGACCAGCGCCGGAGGAGCUACUCGGGGCCCGUCCUCAUGGCCACGCGCAAGGAGCCCUUCAAGCAGCGGGAGCGCAUGACCUGCGUCCGCACGGACAGCCACCAGCUGAUUGAGUUGGGCCACGACAUCGCGUCGCUGUGCCGCCCGGACCUGAAUGCGGACCCCGCGGUCCCAGCCACCAGUGCCAUGUCCCCGCCAGGCCAGCCCAUCAGCCGCAACAACAGCAAUAGCGCUGGAGAGACCAAGGGCAGUGGGGGCGGACAGAUGAUGAUGGAGGACAGACAGGCAGGUGAUGCGGAGACUACAGGUCAGGAGUCAAGCACUGAUGUUCCAAAAAUCCUCAUCAAUAACAAUGACAUUGAAGAAGCAGAGGUGGAAAUGUAAGCUUGCAGGGCAAGUACUGAGCAGUAAUUUCAGAGAGGUGCUAAAAUAGCUCACCUUUGAUAGCAUUCAUCCUCUACCACUUGUACUGUAAAAUAAUCAAUAAUCUCAAUGUUUUAUCAGAAAUAUGCAAGGUUUUUAAGUUUGAAAUUCAAGGUCAGUAUUGAGCAUGAAACGCUGAUAUUGUAUAUGAGAGUGAUACAUAUGCAUUCAUUUCUAACAUUGUUCUGUUAUUCCUUGGGUGUGCCAAACAUUUUAGUUUUCAAUUUACAAAAUAUUAUUUGUAGCAUAUGAUGCUUUUUAAUAAUUCUAUUUAUAUUGCUUUUUGUUAAUACAAUCCUUAAUUUUUUAUGGAAUGUUUGAGUAGCAGAAGUGUUCAAAAAGAUCAAAAAGGGAAGUGUUUUAAACUUUUUUAGUUCACUUAGUCUUGCCCUAAUUAAAACCCACCAAGUGAGAUUUUACCACUGAACAUUUAUUUGAUAUGAAUGUAAAUACUUUAGGGGUAUUCAGUAUAAAUUUAUGGAAUGUUUGAUCACAGUACUGACGUAUCACAUAUAAAAGAAAAGUAUUUUCUUUCCGCAAUAAUAUAAAAUUGAAAUUAAAAGGUUGUAUGUUUGGUGGUCUGAAAAAAUACUGAGGUGUUGGAUAUGUUUCUGACAGUUUUCUGAAUUCCCGAUGAUUUUUGAAAAUUGUUUUUCUGUUUUUUUAAAAUGCCCAUAUCAAAUAUGUGUAUGCCUGUAAAUUUGUUAAGAUAUACUCAUAAGGUUUUUCAAAUGAACAAAACAGGAAAGCUUUUUUAAUUGUUGGUUUCAGCUUGAAGAAAUUUCAAUUGCUAUGAAGCUGAUAUAAAGUUCAAUUUUAAUUGUCGAAGCUGACAUUUAUUAUUAGUGAACCCGCUGUGUACUAUUCAAGACAUAAUGUGAUGAUUUUGUAUUCGUGAUGUUUAUGUAAUCAUUCGUACUCCCAGCAUGCUUGCUGCCUUCAGAAAUUGAAAGCUUCCAUUUUCAGAUUGAGAUUGAAUUAUUUCUACAUUUUUGAAGUACAUGUUCAACCACAAUGAAGACUGGUCUUUAGCAUUGUCUCUUUUUUAUUGUGAUGUGUCAUCUGUUGGGAUUAAGUGGGUGACUUUGCUUUGUCUUAUGUUGCAUUCCAAUUUACUAUUUUUGCGAGACUUUAACGCAGCUAAAUUUAGCUUUAUUGAUGCCAUGUCUGGACUGUCACCGAGUAACUUUUCCAAGAAUCACAUUACCAAAGGGCACGUCAAGUCCCAUUUUUCCCCUUAAUUCAGUCACAAGUAAUUUCUUGAGAUAAGUAACAAGUCACUUUUUCUAGGCAAGUCAAGUUAUGAGUCAUUUUCUUGAGACAAGUCAAAUCUUGAGUCAUUUUCUCAAGACAAGUCAUAAGUCAAUUUUUCAGAUCACAAGUCCCAACUCUUUUUUGAAAGUCCAUCUGCAGUCAUAAUUUGACAUGGCACACAUUUUCCAACAUCCCGUAUUGAUGUGAUGCGGUGUGCUUUACCACACAUUGGUAGGCAAGAUUUGCUUGCCCUAUUUUCCUCCAAUGAUGUGCUGAUUAUUUUUUUUCUAUGAUAAAAAUUAGUAUGAUGAAAAAGACAGGCUUUCCCUGCUAUUGUUUUUUAAUUUAUACUGUGAAUAAUGUCAAAUAUAACCUAGGUUUUUUAUUUUCCCA